UGCACCCCCCUCCCCCAGGCCCACCUGGGCACCUGCGGCUUCAACGUCAUCCCCUGCCCCAACCGCUGCAGCACCAAGCUGAGCCGCCGCGAUCUGCCCCAGCACCUGCAGCACGGCUGCCCCAAACGCCGCGUCCAGUGCGAGUUCUGUGCCGGGGAUUUCACCGGGGAGGCCUUCGAGGGCCACCAGGGGACAUGUCCCCAGGAAAGCGUGUACUGUGAGAACAAGUGUGGAGCACGCAUGAUGCGGCGCCUGCUGUCCCAGCACACCUUGUCCGAGUGCCCCAAGCGCACCCAGCCCUGCACCUACUGUGCCAAGGAGUUUGUCUUUGACACCAUCCAGAACCACCAGUACCAGUGUCCCCGGUACCCUGUGCCCUGCCCCAACCAGUGUGGGACGCCCAACAUCGCCCGGGAGGAUGUGCCCACGCACCUGAAGGAGAGCUGCAGCACUGCCAUGCUGCUGUGUCCCUUCAAGGAGGCAGGCUGCAAGCACAGGUGCCCUAAGCUGGCCAUGGGUCGGCACCUGGAGGAGAGCACCAAGGCCCACCUGGGCAUGGUGUGCGCCCUGGUGAGCCGGCAGCGGCAGGAGAUCCUGGAGCUGCGGCGCGACGUGGAGGAGCUGUCGGUGAGCAGCGAUGGGACCCUGAUCUGGAAGAUCUCUGACUACGCCCGCAAGCUGCAGGAGGCCAAAACCCGCAGCAACUACGAGUUCUUCAGCCCUCCUUUCUACACCCAUAAGUACGGCUACAAGCUGCAGGUCUCAGCGUUCCUCAACGGCAACGGGAGCGGGGAGAACAGCCACCUGUCUGUGUACAUCCGCGUGCUGCCGGGUGAAUACGACAACCUCUUGGAGUGGCCCUUCUCCUACCGUGUCACCUUCUCGCUGCUGGACCAGAGCGACCCGUCGCUCUCCAAACCCCAACACAUCACCGAGACCUUCCACCCCGACCCCAACUGGAAGAAUUUCCAGAAGCCGGGGGCGUCGCGGGGGUCCCUGGAUGAAAGCACCUUGGGUUUUGGUUACCCCAAGUUCAUCUCCCACGAGGACAUCAAGAAGAGGAACUACGUGCGGGACAACGCCAUCUUCAUCAGGGCCGCGGUGGAGAUC